CUGAGCUCACUUGGCAGCUGGGCCUCCGCCUGGGAGGCGGGUCGGGCCUGCUCUCCGCCUCCUCCUCCUCCUCCGGGCCGCUUGUCUCUCUGUCUCUGGCCGGGCGAGGGGAGCAUGGAGCAGGGGCUCUCCCGCGGCGCCCUCCACUGCGCUCCCGCCUUCGUCGCCCUCGCCGCCUGCGCCAUGGAGCAAGAGCAGCUGCAUGCAAAUGGUGAUAAAGGCUUUGAGAACGUGGAACUUGGAGUCAUUGGAAAAAAGAAGAAAAUUCCAAGGAGGGUCAUCCACUUUGCAAGUGGUGAAACUAUGGAAGAAUAUAGCACAGAUGAAGAGGAAGAUGAACAGCAGGAAAAAAAAGAUCUCUUGCCUUCUGUUGAUCCAGCGACUCUUACUUGGGGACCUUAUUUGUGGUUUCAGAUGCUAAGAGUAGCCACUUCAACACUAUCAGUAUGCGACUUCCUUGGUGAAAAGAUUGCCUCUGUUUUGGGAAUCAGUACACCAAAAUACCAGUAUGCCAUAGAUGAAUACUACAGGAUGAAGAAGGAGGAAGAGGAAGAGGAAGAAGAGAACAAGAUGUCAGAGGAAGCAGAAAGGAGGUUUCAAGAGCAGCAAAAUCAGACUCAAGAGGGGACUUCUGUGCAGACAGCCCAGCCAGAAGCUACCACCUGCAGUACUUUUGUGAACCUCAACUUUGAAACUGAGGGAGAUUGUCUGCCUGUUACAGAAAAUAAACAAGAAAUUACUCCUAUAUCUGCUUUAGAAUGAGGGCAUUCCUUAUUUCUGAAGCUGUCAAAAUGUAUAGUUCCCUUUAUGCAUGUUCAGUGGAAUGUAAAUUUUUUAAGGUAUGAGGAAAGGAGAUUAUCAGUGUUUCUUCAGUCAACACCUGUCUAAUAAAGGCUAAGACAUUUUAGUUAAAACUGAGAUUAUGAAAUGCAAGUAACUGGGAUUUAAAUUAACCUAUCUAUGCAGAACAAGUAAAACUUCUUUCCUGAACAUCUUGUGCCUUAUUGACAGUUGUGAACUGAUAAUUGUGCUGUAUGGUUUAAGGUCUGUUGUGUGUUUGUUAUGUAUUAUAAUGAAGGUGGAAGCUUAUUAGACUAAUUGAAACUAACUCACAAGGUAUCUUUGUGACUUAGUUUAAUUUAUUAUCACUAUUGCAUGUGCAUUCUCAUACUGUAAAACGUGACUUUGUUAUUGUCUCUUAAAUAAAUAAGCAGUUGUAUAUAAAUGUGUCUGAAAACUGUCCUGCUAAGGACAGUUAUUAGUAGGCCCCUAAAGCACACUGCCACUAUUAGAAGAGGUCUAAGAGUAUCUAGUUAGUUGGCUGUAAUCUCUCACUAUAUUAAGUGUUGAGGGAAGGACAUCUAGUAUUUAGAAAGUUUGAAAUUUAAUUUGUCUAUAUCAGGAAUGGGUAACAUGUAGCCCUGGACUGGGGGCGAGGCCCCAUAUGCCCUCUGCCAGAGCUCAGAGGAAGUCACUUCAGAUUUUGAAUAGCUCUUCCAGGAUCUAUAAUACUUGAGACAGGGCAGAAUAGAAUAAAAUUGCUUUACCAAAGUUCCUCCCUAGAGUAUUUUUUUUUAAAAGCCAGGUAGUAAGAAGCUGGAGGGCAACAAAAUAAGGCUUGAAGGGCUGCACGUUGGGUUGUACUUUUCCCGUCUCUGCCCUACACUGUGGCUGGGGAGAUAAAUCUGUUCUUUUCAGGCAGCAUGGUCGCUACUGAUAUGAGAAGACUGGAGGGGUCCAGUAAGAUAUGGAGAGUCGAAAAUCCCCUUCUCACCUAACAUACAUCAAAGUAGUCUAAAGAGAGGAUGGUAAGCUGAGGAGCCAAAUGUUGAAUGAAUGUUCUCUUUCAUCUGGUCAAAAUGUGAUAUAUAGUUUCCCCCUACUUUUCGGAAUUUAAAACAGGCUGUUACAAUGGUGGAAUUUGAUUUUUGUAUUCAAACCAUUUUUUAAAAAAUGAGUUUGAGAAAUGCCUAUCAUACCAUUACUGGGGGUGGGGUGGGGGGAAUGUCUAGCUAGAAAUUUCUUCCCCCUGACCAAGUAUGGCUAAGAAUCUGCUGCUGCUUAUGUAAUUAAUUUUUCUAUAGUCAAUUGGUACUAAUUCUCACAAAACAUCUGUAGUGCAAAUGUUUGUAGAUACAGGAAAGGAUUUAAGGGCUACAUGCUGGUGACACAAAGGGAUGUAUUCAGCAAAACUGCCUCCUCCUGCAAGCACGUCCUGGCUAUAGUUCAAUACUGAAAUAGUUUAAGAUCUCUUCCCCCACUGUAUCUUGGCUCCUUUUUUUGUGCAACCUAAUGCUGUCAUAUAGAAUACAUAAUAUUUUAGAAGAAACUGCACAGUAGAAGUUCAAAUUAUACUACAGUAUUCACAGGGCAGGAAACAUGACAGCAUAGCAAGAAAAACACAGAGAACAUGUGCACAUGCUUGCCUUCCUUGUCAGAAGUGGGUAGAAAGAAAAGACUCAGUUAGGGCUCAGUUCCUUGUUUUUCUUAAAGUCUGUUUCCACUUUGGAUUAGAGAAUGUUGUUAAUUUCAGUUAGCAAAUGUCCAUUAUGGCAAGCCUAUGUUCAAAUCUCUACACAGGAUACAAGACCCACUAAAGUAUCACAAUUAAUUAAAUAAUACGAUUGACCAAGUCUGUAACUUUUGCUAGCCAAAAAUUUCUUGUUGUAUGGACUAGGGAAGGGCUUAUUGCCAUGAGGUUCUUUUUGUCACUGUGCCUUAUCUUUGAUAUUUCUUUUGAUAUAUGCAAGUGGUACAAAGGUGGUUACUUUUUCUUGCAAUUACAUUAAAAUUAUAUUUAAUUUUAAA